CCCGUGGAACCGGAAGAGUUGAGAAAAUGGCAGUGGCGGCGAGGAGAGGCCGGGGCACUUGGGGGAUGGAGGCUGGUGCUGGGAGCUGCCGCGCCUGGCGGGAGCUGAUGAGGGGGCUGCUCCUCGCUCUCCUGGCAGCGGGCUCCUGCCAAGGGAACUCCGUCGAGAGGAAGAUCUACAUCCCCCUGAACAAAACAGCGCCCUGUGUUCGCCUCCUGAACGCCACCCACCAGAUCGGCUGCCAGUCCUCCAUCAGUGGAGACACGGGGGUGAUCCAUGUGGUUGAGAAGGAGGAGGACCUGAAAUGGGUGCUCACUGAUGGCCCACACCCACCCUACAUGGUUCUGCUGGAUGGAAACCUCUUCAAUGGGGGGGUGAUGCUGCAGCUGAAAGGAACCUCGCGAGUGUCUGGCCUUGCUGUGGCUGUUGCCAAACCAAACCCUCCCCAGGGCUUCUCCCCUGGUUUGAAGUGCCCCAAUGAUGGGUUUGGUGUCUAUUCCAAAGAUUAUGGCCCUGAGUUUGCACACUGCAAUAUGACCGUGUGGAAUCCUCUGGGGAGUGGCCUUUCCUAUCAGGAUUUUGACUUCCCUAUUUUUCUACUUGAAGAUGCCAAUGAGACUCAAGUUAUUAAGCAGUGUUAUCUAGACCAUAAUAUCCCUCGAGAUGGAUCUGGCCCCGAGUACCCACUCUGUGCCAUGCAGCUCUUUUCCCACAUGCAUGCGGUCACCAGCACGGUGACAUGCAUGAGGCGCAGCUCCCUCCAAAGCACCUUCAGCAUUAAUCCAGAGAUUGUGUGUGAUCCUCUUCUUGAUUACAAUGUGUGGAGCACCUUGCAACCUAUCAAUUCCUCUGGAAAGGUCGAUCCAGAUAAAGAAGUUAUUAUUGUCGCUACACGUAUUGACAGCCAUUCCUUCUUCUGGAACAUCGCACCUGGGGCAGAGAGUGCCGUCUCUUCUUUUGUGACCCACUUGGCUGCCGCUGAAGCCCUUCACAAAGCGUCAGAUGUUCAUCUGCUGCAAAGGAAUAUAAUGUUCACCUUCUUCCAAGGGGAGACCUUUGAUUACAUCGGCAGCUCACGAAUGGUUUACGACAUGGAAAAAGACAAGUUUCCUCUCCGCUUGGACAACAUUCAUUCAUUUGUGGAGUUGAAUCAGGUGGCUCUAAGGAAUGGCUCAGUGUUAUGGAUGCACACAGACCCAGUCUCCCGGAGGAAUGGUUCUGUUGAAGUGCAGGUUAGAAACUUGCUGGAUAUUCUGAGUAACAGCAGCAUGGGUGCAAACGUGACUUUGGAGGAAGUUGCAUUUUCACAGCCUCUUCCCCCGUCAUCCUUCCAGCGCUUCCUUCGGGCCCGGCACAUCCCUGGGGUGGUCCUGACUGACCACAACACUGCCUUCCAGAACAGAUACUACCAGAGCAUGUACGACACUCCAGAGAACAUCCGGAUGCAGUACCCUGAGGGGCUUAGCCCUGAGGAGACCUUGGAGUAUGUCACAGACACCGCUAAGUCCCUGGCAGACGUUGCCACAGUGGUCGCCCGUGCUCUCUACCGGCUUGCAGGGGGAGCCAACAACACCUCUGCUAUUCAGGCAGAUCCAAAAACGGUCACUCGAAUGCUCUAUGGCUUUCUGAUUAAAAUGAACAACUCCUGGUUUCAAUCUAUCAUUAAACCAGACUUAAAAGGAAUUCUGGGUGAUGUUCCCCAACACUACGUCGCAGUUUCCAGCCCUGUGAACACUACCUACCUUGUGCAGUACGUUUUGGCCAACCUCACUGGCACCGUUGUUAACCUCACCAAGGAAGAGUGCCUGAACCCCGACAAAACACCCAACGCUGAAAAAGAAAUGUACGAUUACGCCUGGGUGCAGGGUUCCCUGGACCCUAACUCAACCUUGCGAGUCCCUUACUGCGUUCGGUCAACCGUUCACCUGAGCAAAGCUCUCUCUCCUGCCUUUGAGCUGAGGCAGUGGGGAUCUACCGAGUACUCCACGUGGACAGAGAGUCGGUGGAAAGAGAUCCGUGCCCGAAUAUUUCUGGUAGCAAGCAAGGAGUUAGAGAUAAUCACGCUAGUUGUGGGCAUCAUCAUUCUGGUCUUCUCUCUCCUCGCCACAUACUUUAUCAACGCCAAAGCAGAUAUCCUUUUCAGCAUCCCACGGGACCCCGGGGCUGUGGCUUACUGAAGAUGCUCUUUGGGCUGGAGGAGUCUUAGCCCUUGGAUUACAGUUGUCAAAGAUAAAACUACACUGGAAUGCCCCUCUCCCUGCAUAGGGACACAAAUGGUUCUCUCCAGAGCUUCUGUGCUCGGGUUCUAGGGGCUGAGCCCUAAAACAUAAGAAAGACUUUCCCAGAAAACCGUGCCGGCCGAGCCCUAAAGAAACCAUGACUGAGAAGUUCCCAAAGCCUUUCUUUUUAAUUUGUCCUUCCGAGCAGCUUGAGAGGGUGGGUCCUGAAUGCCACAGAGACAACAAUGGGACGGAAGUGUUUCCUACCUGGAAGCAAGGGUGGAAAGGGUGAAGGUGUUUCUCUGGGAUGUAGGUGGACCAGCAGAUUUCCGUGGUGUCCGACAGCACAGUUGCCUGUUAAUGUCCAGCAGUUGUUGUAUAUCUAUGUAUGCUACAACGCAGGGAGGGUGAGGCGUGUUUAGCAGAUGAUUUGAUGUCAAAUGUCCUUUUUUUUUUUUUAAUGGUGCAAUAUUUUCUGGGGUUUGUACAUAUAUAAAUAGUUCUGUUUAAUUAAAAAAAUCUCCACUUACAAAUGAACCCGUUGCCUGUUUGG